GCUGGAGUGUGAGGGCCAGCGCCCCCAGCGGCGGACUGGGCAGGCGGAGGCGGGCUGGGGGUGCCGCGGUGAGGAGUCGCUCCUCCGUCCCCUCCCUCCCGCCGAGCUCCCGGUUCUCGCUGCCGUCCCGUCCCGUCCCGUUCCCCGGGCCCGGGCUCCCGCGCCCCUUCCGCGCCUCGCGUGACGCAGUUCCUGCCCGCCCGGUGCGCCCCGGGCCCCGCUGCCGUCGGCGCUGCUCGGGGACCGUGGCGGCGGGCGCGCGCGCGGGCCGUCCCUCAGCCCCCUCCUCUCCGCGGGUGCCGGAGGAGGAACGGGGAGCCGCGGCCGGCGGGUUGCCUUGUCAUCUAAAGAUCAAAUAUGGACCCUGAGGCUGAGAUAAAGAAGCAAGUAAACCCCUUUUACUGCAAUAUUUGCAAAAUCUGGUGUGCUUCUGCAUUAAACUUGCAGACUCACUUCCUUGGAUUCAAACACAAGACGGUUGAAGAAGCACUGAAAGCUCAUGGCAUUGUUAGUGGCUCAGGGGAGCAAAUGAAAACACCUGUCAAACUUCCUGAUUAUGUGCAAACGGAGCCAGAGAGGUGUCAUGGACAGACCCUGGAAGAACAGCUUAAUACAUGUAAAGAUUCAGAACCUGCACUUGGACUUAAUUAUAUCAUUGAAUACCGAUCAAAAGAAAAUUUCCCUUUUCUCUAUGAAUGUCAACUGUGCCACUGUAAAACAGGACUGAGUAACAUGUUCAUGCAUGUUUGUGGUUCCAAACAUAGACUGGCAUACCUGAAACAACAUUAUCCUGAGAUAGCAGAAUCUGAUGAAGUUAAGGGUAAAGGCUCUGAACUGAACAGAAAAGUUAAGCAAGUUGCAUUAACAAUUGAGAAGAAAGAAGGAAGAAAACAAAUAAAGAUUGUUACAGAUGCUCCAGUAAUGAGGAGGAGAUGGCAAGAAUAUCCUAAUGCAGAUGAGAGCCCUUCAAAAGCUAAAGUUCAGCAUGUGGAUACGUCACUUAGUAAUGAAGAGAAAAAAAGCUGUAAAAGUAAGGAUGGAAGAAUUCCAGACCCUAUUCUAGAUGAAAAGAAUGUUCAAGAGGAGAAGGAAAAAAGCCAGAAAGAACAGGCAGAACCAGACAAGAAGUUUGAACCUAAUAAGGCCAUUGAAAGCAGCAAAGGCAACACUGCUGAAGAGGGAGGCAAAGGCUACAGCUCAGAAAAGUGUGAGACCACUAAACUAUCGCAGGAAGACAACGGGGAAGCUGAGCAAGAAUUUACAGCAAAUCCUGAAGAAUUCACUAGUCAAGAAGAACUCUUGGGUUAUUUGCAAAGUUUUGAGAUACUGAAUGAAGAUGAUGCUUCAUUUAUCCUAAAAGUUACACAGACUCUUACAGAUGCACUGGUGGAAUAUCGUCAGCAGGCUGCAUUGAACAAAGACCUCUUGGAUACUGAAUAUAAUGGAGAAGCAGCAUUGGAAUAUUCCACAGAACAGUCUGACCUGACUUCAGCAGAUAUUAGUGACUCUGACACAGACUAUUCAAGCAGCCGAUCAGCCAGGCAGUCCUUAUCAGUGAAUGAAGAAGAUAAAGCCCAAAACUUUUCAAGUGGCUUUUCAAAAACAGCAUAUGAGGACAACAUCACUGCUGAAUUUUUGAACAGUGUAAGAAAUAUGAAUGUGGAGGAAGUUACUGCUACUCUGCACAAAAUAGCAGCAGCAAAUCCAGCUUUCAGAGGAAUUGAUAUUCCGAAUGUUAUACGGAUCCUGACUGAAAGUGGAGCUCUGAGAAGACCAAGCAACGGCAGCACAGAGUGACAUGGUAGUUAAUAUAGCAAUGUUUACUUUGUGUAAGUUUGGUUUUUUUACUUAAUAUGACCUCAAUGUAGCUGAUUUUGCUAUGUUCAAAUUUUGUACAGUGUUAAUUAAAUUAAUAACUCAAUUUUGA